AUGCCUAUUCGCACCACCGGUCUUCACCGCUUCGCACUACUCUGGGUCUGCCUUGGUGCUCUGGGAGCGAUGGCCCAGACUCUGACGGUGCCGUCGCACUGGCAGGAUAUCAACGCUCAAGUCGAGUCUGAGUAUCCGAAAGCACGACGCGAGGCGAUGGCAGCAGCAACGGCUCAGUCGUUGGUGGCGCACGUAAAUUUGAUCAACGGCUCUAUUGACGGACUGGAUCCUGCCACCACUGCCAGUCUGGCCGCUACACUCGCAUUCCAGGACUAUUACAGUGGUAAUGUCUCGUUCAGGGACGAAGUUUUGGGUGAUCUGCUAGGCAAGUAUUCAACCUCACAUCCGAUUCUCAACAAUGGCUACGCAUAUGGGGCAUGGUCUCCAGAUACACUCCACUUUGGUCUGGCAGCAUACUACGCCUAUUUAGCUUAUAACGACUCGACGGCUCUGCAACUUGCUGUAGAGAACUGGCAACUUGCGUAUACCACAGACUUCAUGACCGUGCAACGCGCUCAGUCUGGAGUCUUCCCUGAUGCUAUCAAUUUUGAUACCAACUGCCCUGCAAAGGUGGCUGGUGGUGUUUUUACAAUGAUACCAGAAGGGACAAGCGCAGAGAUGUCCACGGAUAGUUCUGGCAUGAUGAUCUCUCUGUCAGGAUACCUAUACAACAUAACUCGGAACACAACAUAUCUUGACUCGGCUGUACUGGGAGAGAGCUUCAUGCACAGCAACGCAUAUCAAUCCGGCCAGCCGAUACCGGCCGGGGUCAACGCGACAGAUUGCAUGGUGCAAGAUACUGAUCUCUUCACUUGGAAUACCGGCCUAUAUCUCCAAGGAGUGGUUGUGUUGGCUAGUAUUACAGGGAAUGGUAGCUAUCUGACGAUUGUCGAUGAUCUGGUGCAACAAGCAGCGAGCGCCGCCUGGACGAGUUCAGAGGACGGCCACAUUACAGAAUUCUAUGCGACCAAUUCAUCCGGUGCGCCUGGCGCCCACAACGCAUACAAAGGCUUCUAUGUUCGCGCAUUGGCGGAAGUUGCCCGUCUCUAUCCUGGAACUCGCAGGGCCGAAUUCAUCCAAGCAUACAUCGGGGCGCAGUUGAACGCUGUCCUCAAUCUGAGUAGUACACCAGAUACGAACUUCUACUCGCCUGAUUGGAAUGGCCCUCCCGCAUCCAACUUCGACGCUCUGGGUGCCGUCGCGGCUCUAGAUGUUCUCAAUCCGUCAUUCGCAUUCGCAUCUGAUACGUCUACUGCCGGUACUACGAGCACUAGUACUGGUGUAAGCCCAACCAGUGGAGGGCUUUCGAGUUCGACCCGCCAUAUGACGUCAACUGGUGCCAUUGCCGGAGGCGUGGCUGGGGGAAUAGUUGGUUGCGUGUUGGUUAUUGUAGGCAUGAUCUACAUCCGUAGACGCAAGCGGCGCAAUCGCUUGAGUCAUUCGCUUACUUCGGACGACGUAGAGCCUGCUCCCGAGCAAGUACGCGAGAUGGACCCCCAUCCUUUCAAGCUCUAUCAUUCAAACAGCACGCGUCCACCUAAAGGCAGCACCGGAACGCCUCUCGCAAACCCCGUGCCUAUCUCUGCGCCCUCUUCAAGCUCGCAGAUACCUUCGAUACCGGUUCCCGAGGGUGCGACGAACGCGUUCACGACAUCCGCUGGUCGUGGUUCUCAACCCGGAAACGAAGUAGAAGCGUUCGUGAUGGAUUUUGUGAGCCGACUACAGUCUAUGGUGCAUAUGCGGCGGCAAGGCGCAGAUGAGGAACCGCCACGCUACACCGACUAG